GUUACUAGGCAACUUAACGCAUUUUUAGAGCUAGAUUCCAAAGCUGAAAAAAAAAAAAAUAUUUCUUGUCUAUGCACAAUCUAGCUCCAUAGACAACCUUAUUUUCAUAUCAUUCUUUACGUUUGCGCGGCAACAAACGCUGUCACUCGAAGAAUAAAUGUUAAAAUUGUGUGUGAAAUAAGUGUUUUAGUGCUCAAAUAUUUGUCACAAUAAGAUGCCAAAACGUAAGAAAGAUGACACUAAGAAAAUCGACAAGUAUUUGCGAAAAAUACAACGUUUAAAAGAAAAGCACCGGCGACGGGAACAUCGUUCAAGAUCGCCGUCUGUGUCGCCGUCAUACAUUGAGCCAGAUGACUCUGAUGCGAAUUAUCAUUCAGAUGCAGAUACGAUCCCUAGCAAAAGGGGAGAGCAACAGCCAGAAAUGGACGUCAAUCAAGCCGAGGGCGUACAACAAGAAAAUGAUAUGCCUACCGAAGUGGAUAUGGCAGAAGUCACUCUUGACAGUGACACUUUACAAGCUCUCGGAAAACCGUUAAAGGAGAAACUAAAGUAUGGGCCAAAUAUAAAUGGCGAUUUGUCAAAACUCUGGUCACCCAUUUUGAAAAAUGGAUUGGGUGAUUAUAAGGAAAGACAACAAUUAUUAGAAAAAUAUAUGGUUCCAAGCAAUUGUGUGCUUCUUCAAGCCCCAAAAUUAAACCCAGAAAUUUUGGCCACAAUUUCUGAAAAACAGAAAAACCGGGAUAAAAAGAUUGGCGAGGAACAACAACAAUUAGGACACGGGAUAACAGCCCUGAACAGGGCACUGUCCCUUCUAGCAACCAAUACAGGAGAUAGAGCCACCAUCAUAAACACGCUUAGCGAGGCGUCUCAGAUUCUAAGUGAUCUACAUCAUAAUCAGACACAAUCAAGAAAAAAACUAAUUACUCCAAUUUUAGAUAAAAAAUUUCUGGAUCUAAUUAAAGACGCUGAACGGGAUGAAUACCUGUAUGGAAGCGACCUGUCAGAUAAAAUAAAGGCCUUAAAGUAUGCUCAAAAAAGUUCACAUUCGAUAAAGAAAACAUAUAAAAAACCUGCAUAUGAUCAGGAAAACUACAGGGGGGCCCCUCGUUACCAACAGAAACCAUACAACAGGAGCGGGCCCAAACGCCAAACAUACAAGAGCUCCCACUACAAGAACCACUACAAGACCCACUCAUACAAUCAGACGAAGAAAUCCAAACCGGAAGAAAAACCUGCACGGAAAUAA